AUGAUCACUGCCGCGGAUCUUCGCUUGCCAACCAGUCCCCUGCCUUUCCUGGGCCUGUUAGUUUCGAUUCUCACAUGGCUAUUUACCAGGUGGCCUAUACAACAGAAGUCACGGCCCCAGCAAAUGAAAGAGAAAGCAGAAGAGCCAUUCGUCACACCCCUUCCCAAUUCUCAAUCCGCUGAUCCCGAUUCUACAUCACCAAGACUGUAUCGCCCAUUCCGCCAUGGCCCGAAUUAUAUCACCAUGGGAAUUCGCAAACUGAACUGGAAUAACUGGAUUGAAAUGGACUCCUACUUUCUCCGUUACCAUGAUAUGAAAGCCUCUGAGCUCAAGAAAGAUUUCAAGGAGCAUGUCAAAUACGUCGACAACGCGCUCACUAGAGAUGCCUGCUUCGAGCUCAAUGAGGAAUUGGUACGGUACUUAGUCCAUCGGUAUCCUAAUAUCUAUCGGUUGGAAGGAGGGAAGGUGCACAACAGUCUCACAGGCGAGGAGUUUGCAUUUCCUGCCGCAACCCCCGAUGAGGCACUUGCAACAUCGGCUCUUCUUGUUCAGGAUGAUCUGGUCAUUAUGAUAUUAGAUGGGGAAUAUCACCUUGAUGCGGCUGCAGUGUGCCUCCCGGGGUUUUGGCGCCUCAAAGAAAAGUUCCGCAUGUCGCUCGAUACUCUUCACUUCGAAGCCGGCGUUCCCCACUAUGCGGCGAAACUACAAAAAGCAAUGAAUAAGUUCUUCCAAAAGUUGACGCCCGACAAGCCUGUUGAAAGAAAUAAUUUCUUCAUUCAACUCGAUGAUGGACUACACUGGUCCCAUCGUAUGGGCGAACAGACAGGAUCCGAAGUUGCCUCCUGGGCUACGGCAAAUAGUAAAGGUCUCUCCGUCGAAGAGAUCCACUUUCGCUCAGAGCGACAAACCUUGCGUCGGUUACCCCGCUCCAAAGCAAUAGUAUUCACGAUUCGCACUUAUUUCGAGCCAGUGACGAAAUUGGCUCAGGAGCCCCACGUCCCCGGGCGUUUGGCAGAGGCAAUUCGGAGCUGGGAUGAGACAGUAUCUUUUUACAAGGGCAAGUCUCACUGGGACAAGCUCUUGCUACCCUAUCUGGAUAAGCAAGACCAACUACAACGGGAAAACGGGAUCACGGAGAAGAAUGAAGAAGGUGAUUUUCCUUACUAA